UAUGUGGUGUUUGAGAGUGAAUUUAAACAUAGCGCUUCAGCCCUGUCUGAUCCUCAACAUACUGCCAAUGAACUUUAUGGUGCUGGUCAGUUUGCUGAUAUAACUGCCCAAGCAACACUGACACCUGUACAUUUUGUUCGCACCGCGACUCUGUGUACAACGCGCCUUUCGGAAAGUCCCUGUUUCUGGGCAACCGCUGAGCUCCUUUGUGAAUAUUAAGCAACAGCAUUCGGAGCCAUACCAUCAGUUUAUAGAUAGAUUGAAAGAAUCAGUCACUAGGCAGAUUGAUAACACCACUGCUCAAAAUGAAUUGAUGAAAAAAUUGGCCUUUGAAAACGCAAACACUGAUUGCAAGAAAGCUUUGCAGUCAAUCAUACAUCGCCCUAAAUAUGAACUGGCCGAUAUGAUUCCAGCUUGUGCGGAUGUCGGUAGCCAGAGCCAUGCGAUGUCCUUGCUUGCCGGCGCAAUCCAAGCAACCACUAAGCCUACUGGUAACUGCUUUAAUUGCAAGCGCCCAGGCCAUUUUGCCAAGCAAUGCAGAGCCCCUGGCGGGGGGGGCACACAAGGACGGUGCUGCCUCUAAGGCUAAACCUUCUGAAUUUGCCAUUGAUUUGAUCAAUCAAGAGACCAAAGACUCUGUUUUACCUGGUGAAAUUGUGCUUAUGCCCACUCAAUUGGCAGGUCCCCUGCCUCCUAAAGUCGCAGGUUUAAUUUUACCCAAAUUUUCUGCGGCAAAGGAAGGCAUCCAGGUUAUUCCUGGAGUUCUGGAUCCUGACUAUGUAGGCACAAUAAUGGUUCAACUCUGGAGCCAUAUGCCCAUGCAAUUAAAAAGGGUGAGUCUUGGGCGCAUUUGGUGGUGCUCCUUCUCAUCCUACUGCUUCUAUUAUGGAUACUAAUUUGCACGAGCUCUCUUCUUUCCCUCCACAGCUGUUAGCUGUAGUCCAGAGGAUUGGUGAGAAGAAACUUCUUCGUAAGUAUAAAAUCAAUGGUAUUGUGCUGGAAGGCUUGAUUGACACAGGCGCAGACGUUUCUGUAAUUUCUAGUAGUUGCUGGGACCCCACGUGGCCCCUUGAGUCUGCCUCUGCUGUCUGGGGUGUGGGUGGCCCCCAAACCUCUUCCAAAAGCGUACAGUGGCUGCCUGUUUCUCUGCCUGAUAGCUCUGAAACCAUUGCUUACAUCCAGCCCUGUGUGCUGAAAAUCCACCUCAAUCUGUGGGGAAGAGACUUGCUACAACAAUUACAAGCUACCAUUCAAUUUAAUGAGUAA